AUGUCUGGCCGGAAGCUCGGAGGCGGCCGCAUCUUCGGCACCGGCAAGGGCCUGGCUCCCCCGACACCUCCCUCGGCGCCCCGAGCCAGCAGCCCCUUUGCUCCCUCGGAGAGCACCGUGUCGCUUGGGACGCCAUCGCUCUCGCCGCCUGCUAGCGGCAGUCUGCCGGACCUUGGCCCCGACAUUGGCUCGAGCAUCAGUGUUGGAGCCCAGGCCAAGCGUAGCGGCCAAGAUGCGACAGGCCUCGUCUGCCCCAUUUGCAACGAGGAAAUGGUGACGCUCCUGCAACUAAAUCAACACAUUGACGAUAAUCACCGAGAACUCCCCGAGGAGGAACAGCACGAGGUCAAGACUUGGUUCGACAAGCAAGUCCUCAAGGCCAAGCGGUUCCAGCCUUUGACCCUGAUCAACCAGAAGCUCCGCGGUCUCGAAGUUUUCGAAUCAAACGAGUCGACUCCUGUCCCUCCACAGGCGAAGACGAGCGGCAGACCCACCCUCGACGAACCCAUCGACCCGGAUGACCUCAUUACGCGCAGCCACUGGCAGCGCAUCAACUGCCGAAAAUGUGGCCGGCUAUUUUGCGAAGAGCACACCAUGUAUCAGAUGAAGCUAAGCAGAAGCGCAAACCACGAACCCGUCCGCGGCUACUGGGCCAGGGUCUGCGAGACGUGCUAUAAGUCGAGAGAGGGUUACAACGACCACACAGGCAAACUGGAAACGUCGCGGUUAGAGAAGCGGUUGACCAAGCUGACAAGGUUAUUGGCCGGGUCUUCCGACACCACCGUCUCUGCAUCAAGCGGCUCGCUUUUAGGCCCAGUUUCGUCUUUGAUUGGGCAAAAGGAUUCGAGGAAGUUGCUAGAACAAUCGGUCGUGCCCUGGGAAGAGGACGAAGUGGUACCCAAAUGCCCGUUCUGCCAACAGGAGUUUGGGUCCUGGACGUUUAGGCGGCACCACUGUCGGAUUUGUGGUCGCGUCGUCUGCGCGGAUCCCAAGACAGCCUGCUCAACGGAAGUGAGCUUGGAUGUCAACAGCGUAUGCCCAAAUUCCGAAAAGAUCCAAGCAAACGAUGGUAUCGAUCCGCUUCGCAUCGACAUUCGGAUGUGCAGAGAUUGCAACCACACCAUCUUUUCCCAUCGCGACUUCGCCGCGUCCAUUCAGCACCGAGCCCCGGAUCAAAAGGCCUACGAGACUCUGUGCCAGUUCGAAAGGGGCAUCGGUCUGCUUCUCCCCUCCUUUCAGCGGGUACUCCUUGCUUUGCAGCCAGAGAAGUUGAGCAACGGGGAAGUCGACUUGACCAAGCCCCCACCCACUCACGCGCAGAUACAGGAGGCCAGCAAGAUACGCAAGCGGCUCAUUGACAGCUUCGGCAAGUACGGGGCGGCGGCCAAGGGGAUGCGCAGCCUCAAGACGGACAGCCCGACGCAAAAGAGACUGCAGGAAGCGGUCUACAUGUACGCCAGCGGGUUCCUGCACACGCACAUGCUCCCCCUCAAGAGCCUGCCGCAGAUGCUGCGCGCGCACUCGACGUCGGCGCGCUUCCUCGCGACGCCGACGCACUCGUCGUCGAGCCUACGGCACACGGAGGUCGUGGGCGGCUCCGACGACGCGGGCUCCCAGGCGCCGAGCGAGGCGAGCACCGUCGUCAGCCAACUUGAGUCAGAGGAGAGGGAGUUCAGGGAACGCCUCGCGGUGCUGCAGGAGCAGAAGCUCAUGGUGCAGGACAUGAUGAGCAUGGCAAAGGGCGCCCGGCGCUUCGAGGAGGUGAGCGCCCUGGCCCGCAACGUCGACGAGCUCGAUGGCGAGAUUGGCCAGCUGAGCAGGAAAGUCGGCGAGGUGGAGCAGCGCUGGGAGGGCGUGUAUCGCAAUGGCGCGCCGGCCUGA